AUGAACAUUUUUGGCAAAGGCAAGAAUUUGAUUACGCUUUUCAUGUAUCAGUGCACUUCGUCCCAUGCCGUGUCUGUUGGUCAAGCCAGAGAGUGGGCUCAUUCACUUGGAAUACCCUACUUCCGUUUCUCACCGCGACUCACCCGAGCCUACGACUUGGAUAGCGUUGCGGCCGAAGGAAUUUUUGACUUUUGGUUCGAAACGGAGGUUUAUCUUAGAACACAAGCGCGACAGGAAAUUGUUAAGCUUUGCCGAUUGCUGAAAUCUAUGCCGAAAGCAGAAGUUCAGAAGUAUAUGCAAAGCAAAUCUUCCUGA